AUGUCUAAUACUGAACUUGUAAUUAUCUCAGAAUGGGUAGUUAAAGAAUUGAUUCUAACCUAUAAGUCAGUUACCUCUAGUAACAAAUCAUCUGCUAAAACAUUAUCAGUAAAAUCACCUAUGCAAGAUUUAAGAUGGAAGCUAUUCUUCACUGAAGUUGGUAAUGGUAAGAUUAAUAAGAUGUUUGAUAUUCAGACUUCUGAAUUUUUUUUAAAAGCAAUUCUGAUAGAAUCUAGUGAAGUUACAAACAGACACGUGACUUUGAAAACCAAUAAGACUGAGAUACAAGUGAAUCCUUUAAAA